AUGGAAAGGAAGUGUGUCCAUGAAGCCCUGUGCCUGAAACUGGGACCUUCUCAGUCAGCCGUGGAUUCUGGGUACCAUUUCUCCAUAUUAUUAAGGAAUCCACUUUUCCAGCAAAAUCUGAGAUCUCAGCCUUGCACGAAGAUGAGAGAAGCCAAAUUACCCUCCUUUUCCAACUAUGCACUGCAAUGGUGUUUCAUGCAGCUGAGCAAGGAAGAGUUUCAGAUGUUUAAGGGACUGCUCAUGGAAAAAGCUUCCGAAGUGGCAGUGUGCUCCUUUCCAUGGGUUGAGGUGAACAACGCCGACAUGGAACAUCUAGCCUCCCUCUUGCAUGAGCAUUAUGAAGAAUCUCUUCUCUGGAAAAUAUCCAAUCACAUUUUUGAAACGAUGGGCCUGUCCACACUCUCUGAGAAGACUUUCUUCAAAUGUUGUUUCCUGUUUUUGUUCUCCCUUCCCCUGUCCAACUUGGGCCGUGGAGAUAAGACAAGGGACUACAAGGGCUACGUGAUGACAAAAUUUGCUGCAAAGUCGGAUGAAUUCCAUGGUUUUGAACACCUUGCCUCUGACUGUCCAGAAAUGCAAAUGUUGCUGGGAGCUUUUAAUCCAGACCAGACGGGCUUCCAGCCCCGCACUGUGGUUUUGCACGGAAAAUCAGGAAUCGGGAAAUCCGCUUUGGCCCAAAGGGUCCUGCAGUGCUGGGCGCAGGGUGAACUCUACCAGGUCAGGUUCUCCUACGUCUUCUUCCUCCGUGCCAGAGACAUGCAGUGCAUGAGGGAGAGCAGCUUUGCAGAGUUAAUUUCUGGAGAGUGGCCAGACUCCCCAGUUCCAAUGAUGGAGAUCAUGUCCCAACCAGAAAGGCUCUUGUUUAUUGUUGACGGUUUUGAUGACCUGCACUUCGCCUUGCAAGAUGACGAUGCGAGUCUCUGUGAAGACUGGGCAGUCAAGCGCCCCCCGUCUGUUCUAAUGCGUAGUCUGCUAAAGAAAGUGCUGCUCCCAGAGUCCUCGCUGAUGAUCACCGUCAGAGACACGGGCAUAGAGAAGCUCAAAUCCAUGCUCACGUCGCCCUGUUACCUGCUCGUGGGGGGCAUCUCCGUGGAGAAGAGGGUCCAGCUGCUCCUUCGGCACAUGAAAAACGAGCAUCAGAAAACACAAGCCUUGCAUGCCGUGGCCGACAGCCGCUCGCUGCUGGACGCGUGCCAAGUCCCCGUCUUGGGGUCACUCAUCUGUGAGGCUUUGAACCUACAGGAGGCGUGUGGAGAACGCCUUUCCCCUCCCUGCCACACUCUCACAGGCUUGUACACUACGUUCGUGUUCCACCAGCUCGGCCCGCGAGACGCCUCCCGGCGCCGUCUCAGCCAGGAUGAGACUGCCGUCUUGAGGAGCCUGUGCCUCCUGGCUGUGCAAGGCGUGUGGCACAGGAAGUUUGUGUUCUAUGCGGAUGACCUCCGCGCCCAUGGACUGCGGGAGUCUGAGCUCUCUGCUCUGCUUCACACAGACCUCCUCCUCCAGGACGGCCGCCAGGAGAGGUGCUGCUAUUCCUUCCUGCACAUCAGCCUGCAGGAGUUUUGUGCUGCCCUGCACUACGUUCUAGAAGGACUGGAGACAGGGAGUCAUCCCUGCCUUGUGCUCAUGCAGGGGUUGGCGGCGCUCCGACCAGCGGGCUCCGACUCCCACCUGCACCAGAUGAAGCGGUUCUUGUUCGGCCUCAUGAGCAAAGAGGGGACGGGGGCUCUGGAGGUCCUGCUCGGGUGCUGUGUCCCCCGGGCACUGAAGCGGGGGCUUCUGAGCUGGAUCUCUCUGCUGGGGCGACAGCCAGGCACCUGCACCCUGCCGGACUUGCUGGAUGCCUUCCACUGCCUUUUUGAGACUCAGGACGAGGAGUUUGUCCGCUUGGCAUUGGACAGCUUCCAGGAAGUUUGGCUUCCGAUAGGGCACCGGACGGACGUGCUGGUGUCCGCCUUCUGUCUGCAGCGGUGCCGGUAUUUGCAGAGAAUCCACAUCGAAGUCCCACAGAGCCUCUCGAAGGAUGAGUUCUCCGAUGCACAGCCCCUCAUUCCCCAAGGGAUGCCAGCCAAGACCCUUGCUGCUGAGUGCUGGGAAAGUCUCUGCAUCGUGCUCAGCACCCACCCAAGCCUGCGGGAACUCUACCUGAGCGGCAGCGUCCUGAAUGAACAGGCCAUGAAGACCUUGUGCAUCAAGCUGAGGCAGCCAACAUGUAAAAUACAGAAUCUGAUAUUUAAAGAUGUGCAGGUUCCCCUGGGCCUUCGUCAUCUCUGGAUGGUUCUCAUUACCAACCAUAACAUGAAAUACCUGAACUUGGAGAGCACUCGCCUGAAGGAGGCCGACCUGAUGAUGGCGUGCCAAGCGCUGAGACACCCGAGCUGCUUGCUGGAGUCGCUGAGGUUGGAUCACUGUGGACUAACUCCCGCCUGUUGCCUGGUGAUCUCCCAGAUCCUUAUUACAUCCAUCAGCCUAAAAUCUCUCAGCCUGGUAGGAAAUAAGUUGGCGACCCAGGGUGUAAAGGCUCUCUGUGAGUCCUUGACAGCCUCGCAGUGCACUCUGCAGAAGCUGAUACUGGGGAACUGUGGCCUCACAGCUGCCGACUGCCGGGACCUGGCCUCCGCCCUCAUCAGCAACCAGAGUUUGACGCACCUGUGCCUGUCAAGCAACAGCCUGGGGCGCGAAGGCGUGAAUCUGUUGUGUCGCGCCAUAAAGCUGCCCAGCUGCGGGCUACAGAGGCUGAUACUAAAUGAGUGCAACCUGGAUGUCGCCGGCUGUGGCUUUCUUGCGUUCGCCCUUAUGGGCAACAAACGUCUGACACAUCUGAGCCUCAGCAUGAACCCUGUGGAAGAUGAUGGGAUGAACCUUCUCUGUGAGGUCCUGAUGGAACCAUCUUGUCACCUCCAGGACCUGGAGAUGGUUAAGUGUCACCUCACGGCCACCUGCUGCAAGAAGCUGUCCUGCGUGAUCACGAGGAACAAACACUUGAAGAGCCUGGAUCUGGCUGUGAAUGCCCUGGGAGAUGACGGCAUCAUGGCGCUGUGCGAGGGGCUGAGGCACCGGAGGGCUUCUGUGUGGAGGCUGGGGUUGGAAGCGUGUGGACUGACUUCUGGUUGCUGCGAGGCCCUCGCCACGGCCGUCCUCGGCAGCCAGUGCCUGACCAGCUUGAAUCUGAUGCGGAACGAUCUCAGCCCUGAAGGAAUGACAACGCUGUGUCUGGCCCUCGCGCAGCCCACAUGCAACCUACAGAUAAUCGGGUUGUGGAAAUGGCAAUAUCCCACUCAAACAAGGAAGCUGCUAGAGGAGGUCCAACGACAAAAGCCACAGAUGAUAAUUGGUGACAGCUGGUAUUCUACCGAUGAAGAUGACCGGUACUGGUGGAAAAACUGAAAACAAGAACUGCCCCCCACCGACACACACACACGCGCUCUGAUGGAGGAACAUAAAAGCAGUCUUCUGGGGCAAGCUGUACCCAGGAGCUCCCUCUCAGAAAUGGAAUACGAGUUCCGGUUCUCACGAAACCCUCACUGGUGACCAUUCUCAUAUGUCCCAUGUAAUUCACUUAUUGCAUUUGCCUCCAACAUAGGCUUUGAUGUUCUGACCCUAGGAUCUCAGUGUCUAUGACAUGUCUGUCCUACCUCAGGCAUGUGAAGAAAACCAAAUAAAAUAAGCACUGGGCGCAUUUAGGGAAUAAGCACCUCAUGACCUUGAGCAGUGGGGAUAUGAUCCAGGGGAAGAGUGGGAGGACUUAGGUCCUAAGAGAGGCCCCCAGAUGUGGCUGAUACAAGCCUGUUGGUGUUAGAAAAAAUUAAAGCACAAUCUGAAAGGCAAAGGGUGGUGUGAGCAUCACUCUCUCGACAUAAACGAAUGAAAUGC